AUGGCUAAAGCAAUGGAUAUUGUAGCCAGUUCUAUGACAGAGAAAGAGAUCAGUAAUAUUGAAGAUAAUGAGGAAUCUCUGGAGGCUAAUUUAGCUCAUAUAAGUAGACAAGCUGGUUUAUCUCCAAACUCAUCAUUGAAGAGUGGCAAAAAGGGAAAGAAGGGAAGCCAUAUGAAAGGUCAACAUCUAACCAGGGAUGUGCCAAAAAAAGCUGCAGCUAUGAAAGAGCACAACAGACAUAUGAUUUCUACACUAGUAUAUGCUAAAUGUGAUGCCUUUGAGAGGUUACAAUUAUGGGAUAGUAUUUAUCAUUUGUCUGCUAACAUAGACAUACCUUGGAUGGUUGGAGGAGAUUUUAAUGUGGUUCUGAAUAAGGAAGAGAAAAUUGGUGGUACUCCUAUUGUCCCUCAAGAUUAUGAACACUUUGCCUUCUGCAUAAAUUCUUGUGAGCUGGAGGAAACUACUUUCAAAGGUAGUCCAUUUACAUGGUGGAAUGGGAGGGCUGGAAAUGACUGCAUAUUUGAGAGGUUGGAUAGAAUGGAUAUUGUUAAAGACAAUUGGCCUGGGGACAGUAAGGGUGAUCCUUUUUUGAAUUUCAAGAAGAAGAUUAAACAAGUUAAAGGGGCAUUAUCAGCUUGGAGUAAGGUGGCUUUUGGUGACAUCUUCAAACAACUCAUUAUAAGGGAGGAGAUUGUGAGGGCGAAAGAACAGUUGUUUGAAGAAGAUCCUUCUGGGGAGAAUAGAUGUAUUCUGCAGCUAGCACAAGCAGAAAUGAAGAAAUAUCUACAUUUUGAGAAAGAAUUUUGGAAACAAAAAUCUUGUUAUACCUGGUUUGCUGAGGGUGAUAGAUACACAAAGUUCUUCCAUAGUAUUUUCAAUGGUAGAAGAAAAAGGCUACAAGUGAAGAGAAUCCAAGUUGCUAAUGGUGUUUGGCUUGAGAAUGAGGAAGGAAUUGUUCAAGGUGCAGUGCAGUUUUUUCAGGAUCAUUUUACUCAAGAAGUUUGUAGUUCAGACUUUUCUAUGAUAAAUUUUGUGCCCAGAUUAGUUAUUGAUGAAUACAAUGAAAUGUUGUGUGCCCCUUCCACAGAAGAUGAAGUUAAAAAGGCCUGCUGGAAUAUAGUUGGGAUAGAUGUCUAUAAAGUAGUGAAGGCAUUCUAUGAAGGUCAUACUCUUCCUAAGUCUGUCACUCACACAAAUCUGGUGCUCCUUCCUAAGAAGGGGGUGGUUCAGCAGUUCACUGAUUUGAGGCUUAUAAGUUUGAGUAACUUUGUCAAUAAAGUUAUUUCUAGAAUUAUGCAUGAUAGGCUAGACAAGAUCUUACAUGAGAUGAUUUCUCCUAACCAGUUUGGGUUUGUGAAGAAUAGAAGUAUCAUUGAGAAUGUUCUACUCACUCAAGAAAUUAUGACUGAUAUCAGGAAAAGAGGCAAGCCUGCUAAUGUGAUCAUCAAGCUAGACAUGGCUAAAGCCUAUGAUAGAGUGUCAUGGCAGUUUUUAACCAAAGUUUUGGAAAGGAUGGGAUUCGAUGGAGCAUUUGUGGAUAAGAUAUGGAGGUUGCUAGCUAACAACUGGUACUCAGUUAUGUUAAAUGGCCGGUCCCAUGGUUUCUUUCACUCAACUAGGGGAGUGAAACAAGGUGAUCCUUUAUCACCUCCUUUGUUUGUUCUAGUUGUAGAGGUGCUAUCAAGAGCUCUUAACUCUUUAUUUGAUUGUGAACAAUACAAGGGGUAUGGUAUGCCUAAAUUGAGUGCCAACUUAAACCAUCUUGCAUAUGCAGAUGACACCAUUAUCUUUACCUCAGCAGAUAAGGUGUCAUUGGAGAUGAUCAUGAAAGUAUUGAGGAAGUAUGAAGGUGUUUCAGUACAUAAAAUCCAUAGAAACAAGAGUUGUUUCUAUUUACAUCAGAAUGUUUCAGCUACUUUAUGUCAUGAGGUGGAGCAGACUACAGGGCUCACUAGAGGAGUCUUCCCAUUUAUGUACUUAGGCUGUCCAAUAUUCAAUACUAGAAAGAAGAAGGUGUACUUUAAUGAAUUGAUCAAGAAGGUUAAAAACAUGCUGCAGAAUUGGAAGGGCAGGCUCCUUUCUUUUGGUGGUAAGGCAGUCUUAAUCACUAGUGUACUUCAAAGUAUGCCUCUAUAUCUGUUAUCAUCCAUGGCACCUACUAAAUACAAUUUGAAUGAGCUACACAAAAUCUUUGCAAGAUUUUUCUGGAGCAAUAAAGAAGAAGGAAAAAGUAGACAUUGUUAUGGUGGAGGUUUAGAACCACCUGCACAUUGUGGGCUACCUAUAUGUGGAAUAAGUAUUCUAGGUCCAAUAGCUGAUUUGAUGCCUACAAACUUUCCCAUUGAUGAAACCAUUCAGGAUGUGAAAGACAUGAUGAUAAAUGGACAGUGGAAUCUCCCUAGGCUUCAACAAACUGUGCCAGAGGAUUUAGUAGAACGCAUCACACAUAGCUUAAAUAGAGAUACAAUUGAUCAAUCUAUAGACAAGGCUUGGUGGAUGCUUAAUGCAAAUGGUAAAUUCACAGUUUCAAGUGCUUGGGAAAAGAUCAGGUGUUACGCACAACCACAACAAGAAACCUUAGAACAUAUAUUCCUAACAGGAGACUAUGCAACAACAGUAUGGAAUUUUUUUACAAAUGCAGCUGGUAUUCAAGGACCUUUUGUGCAGGUGAAACAGGCAGUGAAAACAUUGUGGGAUGCUAAAUGCUCAGCUAAGUUGAAACCUCUUACAAGGAAAGUGGGGGAUACAAGCUGUCUAGUUGCAGAAGCUAAGGCAAUGUAUGAUGGUUUGGUUUAUUGUGUAACAAACCAGCUAUUGCCUCUUUAUUUUGAGUCUGAUUCUUUGAGCUUAGUGAAGAUGGUGGAAGGUGAAUGGGAUGUGCCAUGGUCUAUAAGUUUGGAGGUUUACAACAUUAUUGAGUGGAGAAGGAAAGGAGUAAUCCAGAUUGGGCAUGUAAUGAGGGAAGGAAACCAGCUCGCAGACUUUCUAGCUAACCAUAUCUUUAGUUUUGCAGGUACAAUAUGCUUUGAAAACUUCAUGGAGUUACCAGCAGUUGCAAAAAGGCUGGUAAACAUUGACAAAAUGCAGAUGCCAUCUUUCAAAUUCAAGCCAGUUUUUGCCAGAGAGCCUAACUGA